AUGGCUGAAUCUACUGAACCAAACCCAAGCAAACUAAAAAGACUGAAAAAGACCAACUUCACUGUGGCAGAGGAAGACCUGAUCCAACAACUAGUCGAGAAACACUCCAGUAUAAUCAAUGGAAAACUUACAAAUACAGUGACCAACCAAUUGAAAAAAAAGGUAUGGGAUGAUAUAGCCAUCAGAGUCAAUUCUCUUGGAGUUGCCAUCCGUACAGCCACAGAAGUUAGGAACAAGUGGAGGAAUACCACAAGAGUGGCCAAGGCUGUGUACACAACUCACAGGAGUGAGUUGUUCAAAACUGGGGGAGGACCAGCUCCAAAACAACCAAGCUCAGCAGUCGAGAAAGUUAUCCAUCUUAUGAAGGACACCACCAGCUUCAGGGGGAUUCAGGGUGGACUUGAAACUGAAUCAUUCCAGACAAGUAAGUAA